CUCCGACUAACCGUCGACGACUUGAAACCGCGAGGAGCGUCACUACUUGGAUGAGCGAUGCAGUAGUUGUGGCCCAGCGUACGGACACCCACAGGACUUUCUUCCCUCAUCAUUUGGGCCAGCACCAUGGCUGGCUUCAGGCAGGAAGAUGUUGAGCUCUAUUAUGAGAUGGGAGAAGAGCUGGGCAGCGGACAGUUCGCCAUCGUCCGUAAGUGCAAGGAGAAGAGCACGGGCGGCGAGUACGCGGCCAAGUUCAUCAAGAAGCGGCGCCUGUCGUCCAGCCGGCGCGGGGUGAGCCGCGAGGAGAUCGAGCGCGAGGUCAACAUCCUGCGGGAGAUCCAGCACAGCAACAUCAUCACGCUGCACGACAUCUUCGAGAACAAGACGGACGUGAUCCUGAUCCUGGAGCUGGUGUCGGGCGGAGAGCUCUUCGACUUCCUGGCCGAGAAGGAGUCCCUGACGGAGGAGGAGGCCACGCAGUUCCUCAAGCAGAUCCUGGACGGCGUCCACUACCUGCACUCCAAGCGCAUCGCUCACUUCGACCUGAAGCCUGAGAAUAUCAUGCUGCUGGAUAAGAACGUUCCCAACCCGCGGAUCAAGCUGAUUGAUUUUGGGAUCGCUCACCAGAUCAAAGCCGGAAACGAGUUCAAGAACAUCUUUGGGACGCCGGAGUUUGUGGCGCCAGAAAUAGUCAACUAUGAGCCUCUGGGCCUGGAGGCGGACAUGUGGAGCAUCGGCGUCAUCACAUACAUCCUGCUGAGCGGAGCGUCGCCGUUCCUCGGCGAGACCAAGCAGGAGACUCUGACCAACAUUUCUGCUGUCAAUUACGACUUUGACGAGGAGUAUUUCAGCAGCACCAGCGAGCUGGCCAAGGACUUUAUACGCCGCCUGCUGGUCAAAGACCCAAAGAAGAGAAUGACAAUCGAUGACAGUCUAGAACAUCCCUGGAUUAAGGUCAUCAAAAGGCGAAACGUGCGCCAGGAGGACAGGGGCCACAAAACGGAGCGCCGGCGCCUCAAGACCACGCGGCUGAAGGAGUACACCAUCAAGUCCCACUCCAGCAUGCCGCCCAACAACACCUACGUCAACUUCGAGCGCUUCUCCCAGGUGCUGGAGGAGAUCGCCGCCGCAGAGGAGGGCCUGAAGGAGCUGGAGCGCAACCAGCGCUCCUGCCAGGAGGACGUGGCGGCGCUGCUGUCCAUCUACGAGGAGAAGGAGGGCUGGUACAAGGAGGAGAACCAGAGCAUAUCCUCCGACCUGAGCCACAUCCGCCAGGAGCUGCAGCGCUCGCAGAGCCACCGCAAGAAGUGCCAGGAGGACGCCCGGCUCACCAUGCAGUCCGCCAACAACCUCAAGCGCAAGUUCGGGCGGCUGGAGAACCGCUACGAGGCGCUGGCCGAGCAGGUGGCCUCCGAGGUCCGCUGGGUGGAGGAGCUGCUCAAGUCGGUGUCCGCCGAGAAGGAGGCGCUCGGGUCCGGCGGCGCGCGCUGAGUCCAGCGGGGGACAUUUUCUCUCUAAAGCUUCGUCUCCACGCGCUUCGCUGCUGCUGCCGCUGCUUAUUUGGAGAAAUCUUCCGGUGUUUUUAUCCCAGCUGGGAGGACGAGGAGCCAAGAGCCACUUUCACAGAACGCUCCUUUCUGUUUUUAUACGUUUAAUUUAUUGCUUUAGGUCUUUUUUUUUAAUGUAACUCAGCCGUCGCUUCCAGCUGUGCGGGCGAGGGGAGAAAUGAAACGCAUUCCUUUGGUUCUUAGCCUGUUUUUUUUUUUUUUUUAUUAAUUUUUUAAAAACUAGCUUUGAUUUUCCGUUACGCGCCACUGACCUCUUUGGUCCGAAAGUUUCACAAUAUGUUGAUUAUUCGAUCUCUGACAGAUUCCUGGGUAUUUAUUCGCGCGUUUAGGUGCACGUUGGAUUUAAACAAAGCAAUAAGCUUCUGGGUAACGCUUUAUUUUUACGUCCCAUAAUUUCGCUCGGACCGCCACUGGAGCAAGAACAGAUGGAUUUCUGUCUUCUGCUUUACAUCUCAUUGGUGCCAAUUUAUUUAUUUAUCUGAGCAGGAAGCGGGUCUGAAUCUUGAGUUAAAGUAAAGCAUCACCUGGUUCAGGAAUGUAGAAAUUAGCCUUUGCAGUGCCUGAAAAAACGGAUCGACCUCAUCGUGAGCGUUCAGCUGCCAUCGCAGCGUCUCAUUGUACCAAACGCUGACGUGUUUUUUAUUUUUUUUGUUUGCACAGUCGCCUUGUAAACCUGACGGGGUGCAUGGGAAAACCCUCCGGUCUGUACGUACGCUGCAUCUUUACGCGUUCAUCCCCGGCACACUUCAGACAUUCCAUCGAUGCGUUUCACGUCCAGAUUGUAUAGUCUGUAGUAUUUUUUCAUUAGAGAAAUGUACUCGUUUGCACUUAUAAAGCGGUUCCAGAAUCUAUUUUAAUCUGUAUCCUGACUUAAAAGCUGUAAGUCUUUCUGAGACUGUUUCAAAUAAAGAAACUUAAACACA